AUUAUAUUCGCAUUAGGAGAGAUCAUUCAGGUGUUCACCUUCCUUUUUCAGGUACUCCGUAGAUUAGUAGGUAUUCUUUCAACCUGCUUGUUGCAUGUUCUCUCUUUCUUUCUCCUUCAGUGGUUUCGAACUAAGAGUCCCUAAAGCUCCUAGCGACCAGGAUCUCUUCUGGUUCUUGAUAUCGUACCCAUUAUACUCUUCUUCUUCUUCUUUUUUUUAUUUAUUUUUUUAUUUUUUAAUUAAUACUUUUCCAUAUUUUUCUUUUUCUAUUUCUUUUUGACUAUUAUUAUUAUUAUUAUGAUAAUUCUAGUAAAGUAAGUCCAAGUCUCGUCUUCUUCCCCACAUCCAUUCAUUCAAGGUCUUGGUCGC